GCCAAUUGUGGGACCAUCCAAGUUGACAUUUUAGAAAUUGCAGGAGGAUGAACCUCAUCCCCUAGACCAAAAUAUAGGACUUGAGUAAAAUCAUCUAAAACAAUCUCGUUCAACAGUUCCCGAUCUAUAACAGCAAAGGCAAAGUCCCGAUAUGGGUCGCCGCAAGUCAAAAAGGAAGCCGCCGGCGAAGAGGAAAGCCAUAGAGCCGCUUGAUCAACAAUUCAACUGCCCAUUUUGUAAUCACGAAAAAUCCUGUGAAGUUAAAAUGGAUCGAGCGAGAAAUACAGCUCGAAUACAAUGUCGAGUGUGUUUAGAAGACUUCCAAACUACCACCAAUGUACUGUCUGAGCCCAUUGAUGUUUAUAAUGACUGGGUAGAUGCUUGUGAAAGCGCAAAUUAGCUUAUAGGUUAUAAUGCCCUAAAUGUGUGUAAUGGGAGUCUCCAUAAAAUAGAUAUAUGUAUUUU